AUGAACGCUCGAUCAAACGUUCGACCUGGUGCUAGACCCACAGCAACAACUAGUAAUAGUUACGGUUCAUCUAACAACCGACCUUCUGGCUAUGCAGGCCCAAGUAGUGGAUCUAUGCCACGAACACAGCCUGCUACGCGACGACCAACAAAUCAAUAUGAAAAUGAAUCACCCCCAUCUCGCAAUGCACCUAAACAGCAAAAACCUUCCGGUGGUGGACAUGGCUAUGGUGAAUAUGAUUAUUUGUAUAAGAAUGCUCCAGGAGGAAGUGGUCAGCCACCAGCUAUGCCUAAAUUUGUAUUAUGCUAUAUAUGUGGGCGCAAAUAUGGAACACAAUCAGUUGAAAUACAUGAACCACAAUGUUUAGAAAAAUGGCAUUUUGAAAAUGCUAAACUUCCUCCGAAUUUACGUCGUCCAGCACCACGUAAACCCGAUGUUCAUAUUGGCAGUGGUGCUAGUUAUACUCUAGAUGAAAUAAAUGAUGCAGCCUAUGAAGCAUCGAAAUCUCAGCUUGUUCCAUGUGAUAAUUGUGGACGUAAAUUUGCUGCUGAUCGUAUAUCAGUUCAUCAACGUAGUUGUAAACCUGGCAAUGCAGCUAAACCUAUUGGUGCACACGCUGGCCCCAGUGGUGGUGGCGGACGUAUGGCUGAACGACCAACUCAGCAAAAAGAAAACGCUCGUCAUAAUGAAUAUGAGGACGUACCAGUGAGUUCAUCGAAACGAGGAGGUGGUGGAGGGGGCGGUGGUAGUAGUAAUACUGCCUUUGCAAGUAGCAGUUCCUCUGGUGUUUCUGGUCUUUAUCCAUGUUCUAUAUGUAAUCGAAAUUUUGCAAGUGAUCGUAUACAACAACACGAAGAAGCGUGUAAAAAAGCGAGUAAACAACGACGAGUAUUCGAUUCCACUAAACAACGAUUACAAGGAACUGAAGCAGCAACAUAUUUUAGAAAAACAAAAGGAGGCAAAGCUCCAAGCCAAUCAAUUAAACCUGUUCAAAAAUCAAAUUGGAGACAAAAACAUGAAGAUUUCAUUCGAGCUAUUCGUUAUGCAAAACAAGCGAGUGACUAUGAGAGAGCAGGUGGUCGCUUAGCUGAUCUACCUCCGCCACCUGCUUCUGUUAAUCCAGAUUAUGUUCAAUGUCCACAUUGUGGACGUAACUUUGCUCCGAUGGUAGCUGAACGGCAUAUACCAAAAUGUGUUAAUAUUUUAGCGAAACCUAAACCUCCACCAAGCCUUAAUCGAACAGGACCACAACAACGUAUGGGCCCUGGUACUAAUCGUCCACCGCCAUCAAAUUAUAACAAUACAUCGGGUGGUUUUAGUCAUAGUGGUGGAUAUCCACCGUCGAAUCGAUCAACACGUGGCGGUCGUUUUUAA